UGGCAGAAACCAGUCUAGACCGUGUGCUGCAGUCUGGGCACUAGAACCCUAUAUAUAUUCCUAUAAUUAGUAGAGCAUCUUAUUUUAUAGGUUCAUAUGUAGGUACUAGGCUAUCGGCCCAAAGUACACUCAAAAUGAAACUACGAAAACUAUUAUAUAUAUGCGUCUUGGUUUUCGUUUUUGCUGUGUUCUACAAAAUUAACUCCUUAAUGGUGAGCGUGAUAUCACCGGGUUUUUGGCUCCGGAUGCAGGAGCACAUUUCGUGGGAGUAUGUCAGAAUCUAUCCUCUACUCAGAGAUAGCAGCCCCAUCACAAAAGUCUCUCCUGUGAUGUUUGUGGAGACCACGGAGACGCUCACCCCCCAGCCCCUGGUCAUCUGCUCAGUAGAGUCAGCUGCUAGAAUUUAUCAGGACCGACCCGUUCACUUUCUCCUAAAAGGCUUUAGAAAUCGCAGCUGUUUGCAAAGCACGACCGAAUGCCCCGGUUUGAAACUCCUCACCGAUUUUCCAAACGUGCAGCUUCUACAUUUAGAUCCAAAGGUGGUUCUCAAAGACACCCCACUCGCAGCUUGGUAUAACGAGGAUAAAAUUUAUAAGGAGAACUACUGGAUUUGGAUCCUUUCAGAUGCUUAUAGACUGGCACUUGUUUGGAAAUAUGGAGGGAUUUAUUUUGACACAGAUAUCAUCAACAUUAAAAAAGUUUCUGAAGAAAAUUUUGUGGUUUGUGAAGAAGUUAAUUAUCUCUACAAUGCAGCAAUUGGAUUUCAUCAACAUCAUCCAUAUAUCAUGGACUGUAUGGCAGAUUUUGUUCUGAACUACAAUGGUGCCAUUUGGGGGCAUCAGGGUCCUCAUUUAUUUACACGGGUGAUGACAAAAUCAUGUCCUAUUCCAAAUUACAGUAAAGUACUGGACUUUUCUUGUGAUAUCAGAAAUGUGACGAUCAUGCACCAAUUCCGCUUUUAUCCAAUUCACUGGACCCAGUGGGGAAAAUAUUUUGAAGUCUGGAAAGAAACUCCAACUUUUGGAGAUUCCUAUGGCUUGCAUUUAUGGAAUUACAUGAAUCGGGAAGCAAAGAAGAGGGUUGUUUUGGAAAGCAACACCUUGGUGGAAAAUCUUUUUAUUAAGUACUGCCCAAGUACUUAUGACAUCCUUGUAAAAAAAGCAAAUGGUUAACUAUGACUGAAAUGUGUGCACAUCUCACUGAUUUAGGGACCCUACUGUGGAACCAAAUAUUCCUUAAACAGUAAUUAUUAGCAGCAACGGUUGAGUGCUUAUACAUGGGUCAGUCUGUAUGAAUGUUUUGUGCAGAACUGUUUGAUUUAUACAUUUACUGAUAUUCCUUCUGUCAGCAAAACGUACAAGGAAAGGGUUUUGCUGACAGGAUAAUUUCCUAAAAAGUAUUAGGAAGGGCUACUUGCUCAAAAGGUGCAAAAAAAAACAAAGCACGAUCUGUGACCUUUGAACGAGAAAUUCAUAUAUAGUCAGGAAAUUUUGUUGCAACACAAAUAAUGAAAACAAUUGGCAGAAAUGUUCAUUUAAAUCAACAUGCUCAGGAAGUCUAAAAAAUAUACUUAAUGUGAGUUCCUUCAGAAUAAUGCAUAUUUACAGGAUGCCAUCUUCUAUAAAUACAAGCCUGAUUUUAUAAUAUUCUGGAAAUGUAAGAUCCAGUAGCCUGCUGUGCAUAUAAGAGCUUUGGUUAUCUAAGGCUUGACGAAGGGUCUUAUUUGUCACAAUGUUAAAAAAAUGAGUUACCUCCAUUUCCCUGCUGCUGUACUUUCUACGAGAAUGACAAUGCAACAGAGGUGAAAGCAAGGGCUGAUACCUUACGAGACAUCUACUACAAAACUAUAGUAAGAAAUAAAUGAAUAAUCGAUUCAUCCAACUCACAAAGAACCAAAGCAUUAUUUAAAUGUUUGUGGGGCAUAUGAAACAUAUCUUGGGAAUAUAUCAAGUAUUGAUGCAAAACCUGCAUUUUUAAGUAAUAAGAGUACAGUGAGACAGUUUAUUUUUGAUUUCUGGGAGGGUGCCUACUACUAAGCAUUACAGGUGAAUCAUCUAGCACCCUUGAUGCUCACUAAAACUGAGUUUGAAGUGUUACAGAGUUGUUGACUGGAGUUCUCCCUCUAUACAACUUGACCAUUAUAUUUUUCUAUGUCUCUAAAUUGGAAAGGUUGUUUGGCUGCUAUUCUGUAUAACUUGCUAACUUCCUGCAUUUACAGUUUUGUACUUUUUAAUUGCUUUGUGGCACAUAUUUGUGGCUUCAAGUAAAGUUAGCAGUGUAUCUUGAUGUGGUUUCCCCGUUCCCUAAGUCUAAAGGUGGAGAAUUUCUUUUUUUUUUUUGUUCAUUUUGUAAAAUAAAUCUACAAUUAGCCUUAA